GAAAAAUGAUGCCGGUUUUUCGUCUUUAAAUAUGUACAUUUAAAGUAAAAUUAUUUUAACCUUGAAAUAAAUAUAAGACACUUGGAACGAGAGAGAUGAUUUAACGCUAUAUUAUUUGGUCAUGCUUUGGUGACGGUUGUCUGAUUUUGUCGUAGUAUUCCCUCCACGUCGGCAGAUGGCGCUGCUGCGCUAACCUAAACUAUAGGGAAAUUGGACGUGUGUUCCGCGUUUGGCACACUACGCUACUGCAGUCACCAAUAGCGGUCAUAUCUGGCAUAGUAAAAUCUAUAAAAACAAAACAAAACAUAAAUUUAUCUGAAAUGGACAGGGACGAGGAUGAGAUGGAAGAGGAUGAAAACGAGUGGAAAACCAGUUUCGUGGAUUCAGUCCCAUUCAGUCCUGCUGCUACUGCUGCAGGUCCAAAUCCUGCACACAGAGUCAUUCUGCACUUUGACCUGGACUGCUUCUAUGCUCAGGUGGAGAUGAUCAGAAACCCAGCACUGAGAGAAGUCCCUUUAGGUAUUCAACAGAAAUACAUCAUAGUCACCUGUAACUAUGUGGCAAGGGAGCUGGGUGUCACCAAGCUGAUGUCUGUUUCUAAUGCUAAGGAGAAAUGUCCUCAGCUGGUGCUGGUUAACGGAGAAGAUCUGACACACUACAGAGAAAUGUCCUAUAAAGUGACAGAGCUGUUGAUGACCUACUGUCCACUGGUAGAGAGGCUGGGAUUUGAUGAAAACUUCAUGGACGUCACAAAUAUUGUUGAAGCACGGCUAGCAGAGAUGCCACACUUUAAUAACCUUUCAUUUAAAGGACAUAUCUACAACCAUUUCAGUGCAGAUGUUGUGGCCGGUGAUCAUCCACGGCUGGUUUUAGGUUCACACAUUGCAGCGGAGCUGCGAGAGGCCAUUCACAGCAAACUGGGCCUGACUGGCUGCGCUGGCAUCGCCACCAACAAGCUCCUGGCUAAACUGGUGUCAGGCACCUUCAAACCCAAUCAGCAAACCUCACUGCUGACAGAUAAUAUCAAUGACAUCAUGGGCUGCCUGAGCAGUCUCCGCAAAGUACCAGGGGUGGGUCACCAAACUGCUAAGAGACUUCAGGCCCUGGGAUUGGUCAGCGUGAAAGACCUACAGCUCAUUCCACUGAAUGAUUUGAUGAGAGAGUUUGGAGGUCCCAGUGCUCAGCGCUUGAAGAAUCUGGCCCUUGGUGUUGAUGACUCACCUGUCACACCUACUGGGGCCCCUCAGUCUCUCAGUGACGAAGACUCCUUCAAGAAAAUGUCAUCAACUAAAGAAGUUUUGGAAAAGAUUCAGGAGCUCCUGAGCAGUCUGGUGGAGAGGAUGCACAAAGAUGGCAGGCAGCCUCACACCUUCCGGCUUACCAUCCGUAGAUAUUCAGCAACCAACAAGUGGUUCAGUCGAGAGAGCCGACAGUCUCCAAUCCCCAGCCACGUGGGACGGAAGAUCACCUCUGGCAGCUGUGAUGAUGCUGUGGUGCAACUGGUGCCGUUGGCCAUGAAACUCUUCCACAAGAUGGUGGACAGCAGCGCUGACUUCCACCUCACGCUCAUUAAUGUUUGCUUCAGUAACCUGCAGACAAGGGUAGCUGCCACCGGCGGGAAGGGAUCCAUAACAUCUUUCUUCACACAGAGCACAUCUCCCAGGAAAACACAGAUUUUGUCAACACAGAGACAGGAUGAUUCCACUCUGAGUGGAGAUCAUCACUGCAUGGAUCAUCACUUCGGCACACACAGCGUGAUUUCUCAACAUGCCUCACCAAAGACGGUUACCUCAGAAAGCCCUCAUAGCUCAAAGGCAGCAUUACAUGGGUUUGAAAGAAAACACAGUCCUGUUGUUGCAGCAGAAGACCAUCCACUUCAGAAAGUAACCUGCAGCACAGUGACGUCAGACCUGAAUGACACAGAUACCACACUGACAAAACGUUUGCCCCCGAAUGUUGACCCAGAUGUGUUCAGGCUUCUUCCUGAGGAAAUCCAGAAGGAGCUGUUAUCUCCUGCCUACACUAACUCUCUCUCCAGCGCUUCAAUGGGCUCACCUGCAGUUGUUGAUGCAUCCCACAUAACAAAAAACAAGUCACCACCGUCAUUUUCUGGUUCACAAAAUAUUUACAACACAAAAGAGGCUUUAAACAAAUUGGAUUCAUCUGAGAGGCCAGCCACCGUGAAUCACCAGGGUCCUGCGGGCACAAGUGCAUUUCCAGAAGAAAAUGUCAUGGAAGAAGGGAGACUGUCAUUCCCUGGGUCUUCUGACUGUCAGUUCCCGGGAAAUGUGGACCCUAAGGUGUUUUCUGAGCUUCCACCGGAUGUACAAAGGGAGCUGAUGUCUGAAUGGAAGCAACAGAAGCCGAUCCUGAAGACUGCCUCAUCCAGGAAACUGGGGAGAAGCUUAAUGACCAAAGAUAAAAAGGCUGGGGGAAAAAGCAGUCAAGUUAACAGUUUGUUGAAGUAUUUCAAACCUAGUUAGAGAGGGACAUUGACAAGUUUGUUCUAUUAUUUUUCUUAAAGAAAAUCGUUUAUUUUUAUUGUUGAGUUGUUGUCAUGUAAUAUAUACAGGAAGCGACGAAAUAUAAGAAACACUGAACAGUAUUCUACAGUGUGCAAAAUGUUUUAGAAACAUCUAGUGUUACUGUCCAAUUACUUAUCAGAACGCUAAUCAAAACGCUUUAUCACCAUAUUCAUGAUAGCUGUGGGCCUCCAUAAACAAAUGUGUAAUCUUAAGUUUGAUGCCAGUUUACAAUAUGUACCAGCUUUAACAUAACAGUGUUUAUAGAUGUACUAAUCAACCAGAUAGUUGGCCUGUGUGUGAGUGAGAGAAACUGCUGUCUGUUAUGUCAAGAAUUAAUAUUUACACUAAUAAUAAUAAUAAUAAUAAUGGAUAUAAUAAUAAUACAACACAACACCACGUCUUUGGUGAGGUGUUUGUUUUUUGUACACCCCUGUAUGUUAAGCUCAUAGUUGCCUUUCUUGGAAAAAGAAAGAACAUUUAUUUUUCAUAAAGGUUAUUGAUUUGAAAGCA